AUGAUUUAUUUUCAGUAAUCGUGUUUAGAAGAAUAAAUAUAGGAUACACAGAAGUAUUAAGCAUCCCUCUAAAGUCCUAAAUAGUUGGAAGAUAUUUUAGAACGCAUAAAGGAAGUAUAUUAGUAGAUUAUAUAAAGUCUCGAGAAGAAUUGAUGGCUUCAAUGCAAGAAUUCAUUAUAAUUUAACUGUCUUGUGAUGAUUAAGAACUUUAUGAAGAGGUAUAUUGAUAUGUAAACUUGUGUAGGUAAUUUAAACCAUCAAAAACUAAUUCAUCAAACUUGUAGAUAAACCUCUAUGGAAUUACAAAGAAUUAUUAGUUGAGCUCGAAUUACAACUAGAAAGACACAUAGGUAUUGGUUGAGUUUAAACUAUGAAUUUUUUUAGACGAUUAUAUCGUGUUUAAUUAAGUCAAAUAAUUGAUUUCCAGUUUGAAUGCCCAAUACUCAAACAAGUUUAAUUAAAUAAGUUCUCGUUAUUUAAAGAGUAUAUAAAGUGAAAAGGCUCUACCUUAAUCAUAAAUAAAGAGAAUUUGUCAUUAUGUUGAAGGUAAAUCUACACCUAAUAAUACAAGUAUAAGAGUUGAUACCAAAUACACAGGAUAGAGUAGAAGAAAUAAACUAACAUCUUUUAUCAUUUAUCCAGUAUAAACUUAUUGUUUCAUUUGAUUAGUCAUGAUAGUCUAAUACAAUUGGAUUCAUGGUAUAGUCCAUUCUAAUCUUCUUUUGGGAUUACUUUAACAGAUCAAGACAUUUCAUAUAAGGCCAAAAAAUUGAAUAUUGACAUAAUUUUGAUUGAAACUUUUGGAAUCAAUUAAAGCAUAUCACAAAAAUUAUAUCUUCUAUUACCAAACUAUGAGACAAUUUUACCUUAGUUAUAAUCAUCUAUCAAUGUAAACAAGGGAAAUUUAUAGCAAGUAAUGUUGAAUUUAUUUUGUAUAGGCUUUGUCAAACAUUUAUGAUGUGUCCCUUGAAAUUACUAGUUGGCCUAAUAUACUCACCUUAAAAGGGAAGGGUGUAGUAUGUUGUAAUUUUGAUGGAUUUUAAACAAAUGAAUUUAUCAACUUUUAUUAUGGAGAAUUAUAUACUCCUCAAAGAUGGUUUGAGAAGUAAACAGUUUUCAAUAAAAGAAUGUAAGAUGGAAAUAGAAAAUCAUGUUUUUAAAGUCCUUUUGCGGAAUUUCAUAUCAAUGAUGAUCUUUUAGUAAAAAACUUAAAAUAUAAAAAAGUUUAUUGAUCCAACUAGAUAUGGAAAUAUUGCAUUAUACAUAUCAUAUUCUUGUGAUCCAAAUUGUAAAUUGGUAACUAUUUAAAUGAAUUCUUAAUAUUAACUUGCUAUUUUUACAUUGAAAAAAAUAAAUUAUUUAGAAGAAUUAACACUCCCAUUCCCAUCAACAUCUAAUGAAAUUUGUUUGUGUGGAUCUAUCUAUUGUAAAAGACUCUCCUAAUUGGAAACAUUCAAUAAUAGAUAAGCUCAAAAUUACCCUAAUUAUAUAUAAAGAAAUGCAAUACUAUUAUAAUCAACUAUUUUUGGAAAAACACAUAAUUAAAAUACAAUACCUUAUUGGUUGAACAAUUGGUAGAAACUAAAUAUAGGAUAAGAUAAAAUUAAUAUUCUAACAUGUGUUGAUAAAGUUAAAUAUGCACUUAAUACAUUGAAUGUCACAACUCCACCAAUAUAUUUGGUUAAUGAUAUUUUUGAAAUAUUUUGGAAGAAUUAUGAUAAUAAAAACCCAAAAAACGAAUUAAAAUAAUCAAUUCUAAAUGAAAUCAAAACUCUAUUGAAUAGACAUUCAGAUCUAAAAGAAUGUCAAGAUGGAUUAGAAAUCAUAUAAUUGAUGAAAUCUAUAAUUGAAAGUAAAGAUAAAUAUAAAAUGUAAUUAACUAGAAUGCUAUUGCUUAUUUUAAGUGAAAUAUUAUUAAAGAUGGAAUCAUCUCCAUUUCAUAAUAAAGGUUUAUCUACAAUAUUAUAUUUUAUGUCAUUCACUCAUACAUAUUUCUCAUCUACAUAAUAUGAAGGAUUUAAUGGAAAACCUUUUGAAGAAAAUGAAUUUCAAUAUAUUCAUUAACCAAAAAAUAAAUAGAAAUUAGCAUUAUCUAAAAUGUACACUCCAUAAUUUAUAUGGGGAUAAUUAAUUAAUUGGAAUAAAUAAACUCUUCAAAAUCCUUAAUCAUCUAUGGCUUAAGAAAGAAGAGGAGUUCUAUGUUAUCCUUCUUUAAUAUUGUCAUUUGAUAAUAAACAUAAAUUAUUUCCAUAUUAAUGUAAAACAAGGGAAUAAUUUCUAGAAUAUUUUUAAACUAAAAAAGAUAUUUAACCUGAUCUAUCUAUAUGGUCAUACAAAAAUUAAUAUAAGUAUUAUUAAUUAUUUUAUAUUUAGUAUUUAUGGAACAAUAUUUUUUGAAUAAUAUUUUUCAUAAUAAAUUGUAGGAGAACAUUUUAUUUCUUAGAUAUCAAAAUAUGGUCUAGGAUAAUUUGAAAAUAAAUUUUAAUAUUGGUUAUAAAUUGAAAAUUGUUUCAAUCAAGAUAAUCAAAUGAUAGAAUAUUUAAAUUAAAUAUUUUAAAAGUAAAUAUAUUAUAAAUAUAAUUAGAUAUUUUGUAAAUAUCGAUAAUUAAUUAAGUAAAUUUAAUUCAAAUUCUGAAUGCACAGAAUAAAUAACCAAAAAAAUAAAAUAAAAUAAUCACUCAACCAUUAUUGAUGAAACUUAAUAUGGAUAAUAUUGA